GAUCUGCGAAACGUUUAGUUUAAAAUCGCCACAAACAGACAACAACUAACAUAAAAAUGCUUCAAAACGAUGCGGUACGAACUCUACAAUAUGAUAGCGAAAUCCGUGUGGCUCAACAAUCCUCAAAUACAGAGCCUAGAGUUUACGAUUCGCAUGUUAGUAUAACCUCACAGCCCCGACCUGCCCCAGAAGUGCCUCGUAUUCCCUUGCCCAUAUCGACGGUGACUGGAAGUCGAACAUUUAUACCCUUAGCUGGUUAUGAUUGCCUGGCCGAUUUACCCUCAGUGCAUAUAGAACAAACAUUCGAGUUGAAUGAUUCCCUAACAGCGGUAUCAUCAGAGAAUCGCUAUGUGGUACGAUCACCCCUCGGUGACGCCAUCUUUGCCGCCUCGGAGAGCUCAACAGAGAAGAAUCGUUUGGUUUGGGGUGCUGGUCGACCAUUUCAAAUGCACUUGCUGGACAAAACGCAUCAGGAGGCUUUAGUAUUUCGCAAAAAACUAGCUUUGGGUUCACUCUGCUGUCGACCCAAGAAUCUUGAGAUUUGGAUACCACCGGGCAAUGUUCUGGGUCGCGUGGUCCAAUCGCCAACAUUUAUGAAACCGGUUUUUUAUAUAGAAGAUGGCAACACAAAUGAUCCUGUCUUCUGUGUUGAAGGACCUUCAAAUUCGGGUUUCUGUUGCUUUUGUUUGCCCAAAGAGAGCUUCUUCAGGAUUCAUUCGGGUGGAGAUAUGCGAGCAUCAAUAGAUCAUAAAUGGGUUAACAGCAAAUCACAAUAUACCACAAAUAUCUACUUUAAGGACUCAAAAUUAACCGCCAAAGAGAGAGCUUUGAUACUGGGAGCAGCUUUUCUACUGGAAUAUAUGUACUUUCAAACACGCUUCUAAAAAAUCGUUGCAUUUUAUGAAAUAAAUGUACUAUAUAUCUGAAUAUAAACAUAUACAUAUACAUAUAGGUGGCGCAAAAGAAGUCAU